CAGUAAGCAGAGACAAUGGCAAGAACCAAGCAGACAGCUCGUAAGUCCACCGGAGGCAAAGCCCCCAGGAAGCAGCUGGCCACCAAGGCAGCCCGUAAGAGCGCACCGGCUACCGGAGGCGUGAAGAAGCCUCAUCGUUACAGGCCCGGUACCGUGGCCCUGAGAGAGAUCCGUCGCUACCAGAAGUCCACCGAGCUGCUGAUCCGCAAGCUGCCCUUCCAGCGCCUGGUCCGUGAGAUCGCUCAGGAUUUCAAGACCGACCUGCGCUUCCAGAGCUCCGCCGUUAUGGCUCUGCAGGAGGCCAGCGAGGCUUACCUCGUGGGACUGUUCGAGGACACCAACCUGUGCGCCAUCCAUGCCAAGAGGGUCACCAUCAUGCCCAAAGACAUCCAGCUGGCCAGACGCAUCCGUGGAGAGAGAGCAUAAACUGUCUUCUACUGCUGCUCCAACCACCACAACAACGGCUCUUUUAAGAGCCACC